UUCAAUAUGAGUGUUAAGUGCAGUGUUGUUUGGUGUUCGAUGGCACUUUUGUGCUUGACGAAUGCCUUCCCGGAUGGUGCGCCCGCCGACACUUGCGUCAAACAACGUGCGAAUCAACCGAAUCACGGCAAAGCGCGCACACAACCUGGACAAACUAUUCCGUACGAAGUUGUUGCCGAUUCGGAAACAUUCCAUCCUGGACAACCAAUUUCAGUUUCGAUUUACCCCAUCGAUCAAAAGUCCACCUUCCGCGGAUUCUUUCUGCAGGCGCGCGAUGCCAACUCCAACGAAUGGAUUGGUGAAUGGAUACAAAGUGAGAAUACCAAAACUAUACCAGAAUGUUCAGCCAUAACGCAUUCGGACAAUCGCGACAAGUUGGGUGCGAAACUGUUUUGGAAGGCGCCACAAAACAAACGCGGUCGUGUUUACUUUACUGGCACAGUACUGAAGGAGUAUUCAAUAUUUUGGAGCGACAUCGUGGCAAAGGUACAAGCUACGCAGUGAGAGUAUCAUGGAGCGAAAGCUUGAGGCUUCCUUCUAAUUUUGUAGCGCCGGGAAACAAAAUUUGAAAGCAAGUGAAAUUAACAAAAAAUCGCUUUGUAACUAAAUUGUUUAUGCAC